GAAAAUAAAUAUUAUGAUGUAACGGCGAUUCAAACUACACUGCUCAAAAUCCAACGUCAUUAUCUUUGUAAGUGUAUAGGACAUACCUCCGGGACCCCAGACAGAGGAUGGAAUCCUCUUAAAAGCUUGGUAGGUAUCAAUUUUCCUACAUUUCAAUCUCAUUAUUCUCAUUGAUUGUUCUUUUGCUUCAUAUUUCCCAUAUUCCGGAAAUUGCAUAUCAAAACCGAAAAUAUACGUCUCGAUUCAAGGACAAAUCUUCAUCAUGUCGGAAUCUUCAUCAGUUAUUCAAUUGGAAUGCCAAUGUAACAACUACCCAUGGGGUCGUCAAGGUAAGGAGUCUUUGGCAGCAAAGUAUGCAGCUUCUACUCCAGGAGGCAAAUUCAAGCUUGACGAGAGUAAAGAAUAUGCAGAGAUGUGGAUGGGAACCUAUCCAACUACACCAUCUCUCAUCCUGUCUAACGGCAAAGACUUACAAGAGCAUCUCAAUGCCAACAAGGAGAAGCUGAUUGGGAAGCCAAUACUUGAUAAAUUCGGAGCAGAUCUACCAUAUUUACCAAAGAUCCUUUCAAUAGCGAAAGCCUUACCUCUUCAAAUCCAUCCUGACAAGAACCUUGCGGCCAAGCUACAUAAACAAGACCCCGAGAAGUUCGGCGACACAAAUCACAAACCCGAAAUUGCUGUUGCCCUUGGAAAAUUCGAGGUUUUCGUCGGAUGGAAACCACUUUGUGAUAUCCAAUCGCUCUUCACGAGCAUCCCGGUUCUCACCUCCAAAUUCCUCUCUUCCCCAUCCGACACCAUCGACAAAGACACAUUGAAAUCCAUCGUCCACAAAAUUCUCUCUCUCUCCGAUGAGGAAAUCAAAUCCAUCUACAACACCCUCAAAGACACCCCGUCCUCCAAAUUCCCCACCUCGCCAUACAUCCCCGCCCUGCUCCCCCGCCUAGCCGACCAAUACUCCGCCUCGGACCCCGGCAAUCUCGUAGCCCUCCUCACAAUGAACUAUCUCAUCCUCCAAAAAGGCGACGCCAUCUACGUCCCCGCAGACGGUAUCCACGCCUACCUCUCCGGCGACAUUGUAGAAUGCAUGGCACGCUCCGAUAAUGUUCUAAACACUGGAUUCUGUCCCCGUGCCGACCGCGACUCUGUCGAUUUAUUCAGCGCCGCGCUGACAUUUUCUCCCGUCGGAAAAGAUGAAUGUGUACUCAAGCCCACAUCAAGCUCCAAGGGUAAGAAUGGCAAGACCAAGGUCCUAGCACCACCAAUGAGCGAAUUCGACAUGUUAGUUUUGGAGCUCCAGAAAGGAGAAAAAGAAACGAUUGAGAAGCUGGGUGGGCCCAGUAUCAUGGUUGUUACCGGUGGUAAAGGAACCAUGAAGGCGGGAGGUGAAAAGUUUGAGGUCAAGGAGGGAUAUGUAUUUUUUGUGGGAGUAGGUACUGAGUUGGAGUUCGAAGCUGAGGAGGGACUAGAGGCACAUAUUGCUUUUUGCGAAGCGUAGGGAGUUAAAGUCUCAGAUGACAAUGUUAGAUGAUAGACGAUGGAUGAUAUGAUACGACUUGUACAAUAGUUUAUUAUGCUAUAGAAUACAGCAAUGGGGGCUUUCUCACAUAAGACAAUUAUACUCGCUUUCAAAAUACAACUUGCA